UAAUCUUUCAUUGAUAAAUUUAAGUAUAGUUUUGGAUCUAGCUAUAUAUGCAGGUGAGUCGUAUAAUAACGUUGAUAACGUUUAAUCCUCUCAAACGGCGAAUCAAAAGGAUAAUAUUUUGGUGGUGUAGAAGUUGAAAUUGACGAUUUGUCUGCAGGUAUCACAUGCUGACCUGAGCUCCGCACCUUAUUUAUGUAAAACCCUUUAAUUGCGGAUGACCCUGGCGGUGACUUUUUUGACUUAAAUCCUUCACUUCUCCCCCUUAUCUUUUCUCUCAUUUUCAACGAGUAUCUAUAUCAGAAGUUCAUUCGAACAGCUCUUUGACUCCGAGAUAGUAUCAACAACCAAGUUGAAUUAAUGGCACACUUAUCUGGCACACCAUCGUCCCUUCCCCAGGACUAUGCCAUUCUCUCUCGUUUUGCUGCUCCCAUUUCAGGAGAAACGCAGGAAGAGACUGAAGCCUCUUCUGCCAGGUUGAACGACCAGGAAGAAUACGGUGAAGAGGAUGCCUUGCUUGCAUCAAGGAAGCAAAUUAGGCGCACCAGCUUCCCUUCAUCGUAUAUCCUUCCACCGCAACCGUCCACGAAUAUCAUUCCUACAGCUUCGGGUGUGCUUCAGCCGACUGAGAACACACCCCUCUUAGCUCCAUUGAUGCCACGCAUCCGAGAGAAACGUGGACUUUCCUAUACCGCUCAAAUGUACUGGGAAGAACUAUGUAUCUUGGUGAAAUACUCCUUGCCUGUCUUUGGCACCCAUGUCCUUGAGCACAGCAUGAUAAUGUCGUCCGUGGUCUCCAUAGGCCAUAUCUCAACCGUCUCUCUUGCUGCCGUCACUAUUGGGUUCAUGACUGCUAACGUCACUGGUCUGAGCAUUAUUCAUGGCCUCGUUUCAACCUUGGACACAAUGCUUCCCGGGGCCUGGACUUCUGAUCAGCCGCAUCUUGUUGGACUAUGGACGCAGCGCAUGACUAUUGUCGUGGCUGUUGCACUCAUACCUAUGUUUGCUAUUUGGUUCAAUGCAGAGUCUAUCCUGCUCUUACUGAGGCAAGAGCCGGAGGUUGCGCAGGCUCGCUGCCGAUAUUUCCAGUCGCAAGGUCUUUUUAAUACGCCGACUCGUAUUAUCGUAGCAGUAGCACCUAUUAACGUGCUUUUGAAUUAUCUGCUGGUAUGGGGCCCGGAACCAAUCAGGUUGGGUUUCAUCGGCGCCCCAAUAGCGACAUCAGUUUCCUACAAUCUUGUGUCAAUAAUCUCUGUCAUCUACGGCGUUUUCUUUGUUGAGAGAACUGCCUGGCAUCCGCUGUCAAGGCGAUCCUUCACCUCGCUAGGUCUUCUUGUCCAGCUUGGAUUAGGUGGCGUUGGUCAGGUUGCUUCAGAGUGGUGGUCGUGGGAACUAAUCGGGCGUGCGUAUAUUUUCCCUUUCCUUGGGCCUACAGCGUUGGCAACCCAAUCAGUCCUUUUGUCGACUUGUUCGUCUACGUUUCAAGCCCCAUUUUCUCUGGGUAUUGCGACCUCCGUCCGUAUCGGUAAUCUUCUUGGGGAAAGGAAUGCGAGGCGUGCUGGAGUUUCUGCAAAUGUAGCUAUCCUGCUCUCUGCUGUAAUAGCAGGAUUCUUUUGUGCCGUUUUGCUGACUUUCCGCAAGUCAUGGGGUUAUUUAUUCAACAACGAUAUCGAGGUCGUGACACUUGUGGCAUCUAUCCUGCCAUUAUUAGCGUUAUUCCAAGUACCCGACUUUGCAUGCGCUAUCACAUCCGGAAUACUGAGAGCUAGGGGUAAACAGUUCACUGGAGCUCUACUCAAUAUUAGCGCCUACUACAUCAUUGGGAUUCCCUUUGGGUUGUGGCUCACCUUCAAGCAAGACAUGCGACUCGCAGGGCUUUGGUGUGGUCUCACCGCUGCCCUGCUUUACGCGUCAACCCUUAGCAUUUGGCUCUGCCUCAGAACAAAUUGGAAGAGGGAGGUGGAGAAAGUGGCUGAGCGCCUUGCUGUAGACAAGAAGUACCGCGAUGGACAUGCGGACUCUGAACAUGUGACGCAAUGAUUGGCCUAGUUGAUGAUAUACGUUGGUUGGAAGUGUGGCGUAGGCCUGGUUUGGUUUAUUCAUGUCUUUAAUGACCUCACGAAGCUUACUUGAACUAAAUCCCCUUGUGGGAAAUUUAUUAUCA